AUGAUCUCCAGAACCAUCCUAAAUGGGGUCCGUCUGUACUCCACUGCCGGGGAGCAGAAAGGCCUGGCUUUGUUUUUGUCGGAUUUGAUGAAAAGAGUCGAUGCCAUCGCCGCCAGAAGCGACUCGAUCAGAGAGAUCCAGAAGCAGAACGCUGAAAAGGCCAAGGGAGCUCAGAAAACCCAGCCAAAGAAGAAAUCUGGCGAAUUCUCCAAGAAGCAGCAGCCAACUCUUGCUAAGAAGCCAACCAGAAAUGUCAAGCUCAGCGUCAGCGAUCACCCUUUGAGCAAGAACGCUUUCAGCAUGAUGGACGAGGGAAACUUCAAGAGUUCAGGCCAGAACAGAGGUCCUCAGAGACCAAGAGAGAACCAGAACCAAGGUCAAAGACAGAGAAACGCCAGAGAGGCCAGACCACAGGAUAAAAGAGCUGGUCGUGCUCAAAGAGACCGCAGACCUAGAAGUUUUGCCAAUAACAUCAAGGCCACUAAAAUCGAAUCUCAGGCUGCCACUAAAGAGGUCAAGCCUCUUCCUUACAAGCCUGUUGUCAAUGGUGACACCUUUUUCUACGGUAAGGCCACCAGUUCAUUGGCCAGUCCAACAGCUAGAGUAUCUGCUGUCGCCAAGGAGGCUCUUCUCAAAUCGCAUUACCCAUACAAGUUGCCCAAGCUGAUAAUCGACAGCGUUGCUCCCGGCAUCCACGGAAACCGUUUCCUUUUGCAGAAGGACUGGAACUUGAACGUUGAUGCCAAACAGCUCGGAAACAGAAUGAAGGAAGUCGUCAAGGGUCAGGCACAGCAGGUGACUCCAGACAAGGCUACUCCAAAGCCGCUCUUGCCUGUGGUUAAGGACGCAGCACAGGUCUUGAUGGCCAAUGGAGACUACUCGAUUGCUCAGAAGCAGGUUGUCUUGGAUACUGCCAGUGGAGUCACCUCGCCCAAGAAGUUGCUUGAGAACGCCCACUGGGUCAAGUAG